AUGAAUUUUACCUCUGUUAGAAAAGCAAGACCAAUUUCAAUAUUUAUUCAUCCUCAAGAAAGUUUAUCAAAAAAUUCAAUAGAAGCAUCGUCACCAUUAAGCGAUCUACACGAAGAUUUAUCCAUGAUCUUGAAUAAUGGAUUUGCUACUACUAUGAGUUCUAGUAAUGCCACAACUGCUAGUACAACAAAUUAUGCUACUGAUACUACAUCUACAGCAAAUACAAUUGCAACUUCAAAUAAUAUAACCUCAACUCCUCAUAUUUUGGAGAACGUAAUAACGCCAGCUUCAGAGAUUGAUGUUGCCUCUUUGAACUCUGUCAAGACUAUCGAAACAAAUCAAACUGGAUCGAAUAACGGAUCAUUUGAGAUGAUCAAAACGCUUUGUGAAUUAGAUGGUGGAUUGGGUGCAGCUUUAGAACGAGUUAAACAAGAUGCGAUAUCAGCAAAAGCAUCCGCCAUCGAAGAAAGUUAUGGACGCGAGCUAAUUAAAUUGGCGAAAAAUACUCAAGAUAAAUAUUUGAGUAAAAGUGAUACAAAGAAAGGAAUUAGAUUUGCUGCGACAAUUCAAGAGAUUUCUGAUGAAGCUUUAACAUUAUAUAAAGAUACUGACAAGAGCAGAAAAAAUCUCUAUGAUUCUGGUCAGAAACAUGUAAAAUCAAUCCAAGAAGCGGAACGAUCUUUAGAAAAGGCCAGGGGUAAAUAUGAAUCAAAUAGUGAAGAUUGGGAACGUUUAAUAUUACUGAAAAAUGGCGAUACUCUGCCUCCUAGUAUGAAAUCGAAAACUUUAAAAACUAUAUUUUCAAAACAACCAAAGUCUCCAACACAA